CAUUGAACAGCAGAUGGAGCUGUCAGCCACAUCGCUCUCAUUUGGCCCAAUUUAUCUUCCAUAUACCUCUCUGUUUCUGCACCUUACACCCUUACAUUUCUCUGUCUUCUCUGCAUAUGUGAGCUAUCUUUUUCUGUGUUGCCUCUCUCAGUUUUGGCAUGUGGUGACAGAAGCAGCACUUGUCACUUCAAACCCCCAGCCCCCACCCACCGUCCCUCAGUCACGACUCUGUCAUAGAGAUGGUGUGAGUCAUAAAACACCAAAAAAGGAACACAGCACCAAACUACAUCCUAAAAAAAUCCUAAAUUUUGCUCUUGCUUUGGCCAUUUACGUGUUAGUCAUUUAUUUUACACUGCAUCUGAAUAACAAGUUAAUGUAAAAUGUUAUCUAUCAUAAUUCGGCUGUAUACAGAAUAGAAUUAAAUAGAAAUAAAUAGAAGAAAUAAGAGCUCAUUCAUUCAACUCCAGCUGUGCUGAUGGGGAUGCGCUUGUGGUGGUGACGUCAGUCGUUAGGCGGUCACACAGAAUGCCUGUGUAGAAUUACGGCGAGCGCGCGUGCGUGUAUGUGUGUAAAUUUUGUCCUUGCUGCGCGUGACCGUUCGGUUACCUGGGUCAACACAUGAAGGACUUUAAUGUCAACACUGCAAAAAGUACACACAGCGGUUACCGUAAAUAAAACGGUUCCCGCUGUUUGUGUGUGCGCGCGCGUGUGUAUCAUUGGCGUAUCCGCGCGACACCCCCUCUCCCCCCCCCCCUUCCCAACGUCACCGCUCUCCAUCACUAGCUAAGGGCUCUGGUUACAACCAGCGCUCACACAGACAUACGCGCGCGCACAGCCGCUAGCCAGCAGGCUAACUACAGUUUCCUCUUUCCCUACCGGCGGCGCGGUCGUUGCGUUCAAACUGUGUUUUCCCGGUGUUGUUAUGUGAAGACGUGACUCUCGUCGAAUAACGGAGAAUAUUUAUCUGCAUCUCUUCCUCGGCUGACCGGGAGCCGCCAUGGAAUGCCGCGUCCUGUCCAUACAGAGCCAUGUAGUCCGGGGAUAUGUGGGCAACAAGAGCGCCUCUUUCCCGUUACAGCUUUUAGGGUUUGAGGUGGACUCAAUCAACUCCGUCCAGUUCUCCAACCAUACAGGAUAUUCUCACUGGAAAGGUCAGGUCUUGACAGCAGAUGAGCUCCACGUUCUUUAUGAGGGGAUCAAACUGAACAACGUACACCACUAUGACUAUGUUUUAACAGGGUAUACCAGAGACACGUCCUUCUUGGAGAUGGUGGUGGACAUCGUUCAGGAGCUAAAGAGAGCCAACCCCAACCUGGUGUACGUGUGUGACCCUGUCCUUGGAGAUCAUGGAUCUAUGUAUGUUCCUCAGAAUCUUUAUCCUGUCUAUAAGAACAAGGUGGUUCCUGUUGCUGACAUCAUCACUCCUAACCAGUUUGAGGCUGAAUUAUUGACGGGGAAAAACAUCAGCACAGAGAAAGACGCUGUAGAGGUAAUGGACCUCCUCCAUGCGAUGGGCCCAGACACAGUUGUUAUUACAUCCUCUGAUCUUCCCUCAAGACUGGGAGACCGCUUCCUGGUGUCAUUGGGCAGCCAGCGUCAUGUUCGUCCAGAUGGCAGCAGGACAACACAGAGAGUGCGAUUAGAAGUUCCCAAAGUGGAUGCUGUCUUUGUAGGAACUGGAGACUUGUUUGCUGCUAUGUUGCUAGCGUGGACACAUCACUACCCCACUGACCUAAAGACGGCCUGUGAGAAAACGUUUUCAGUGAUGCAUCACGUUAUCCAGAGGACCAUAUCCUACGCUCACGAGUUAGCAGGUCCUGGUCGGAGGCCCAGUCCGCCCCAGCUGGAGCUGCGGAUGGUCCAAAGUAAAGCUGACAUAGAAGAUCCUGCUAUAGUUACGGAGGCCACAGUCAUAUCCUAACAUUGCCCACCCAUAAGACUCAUACUAACCUCUCCACCCAUAAAUCUCUCAGCUCCUGUAUCUCGGUAAAUCUCUCAUUACUGUAAACCUUGACUGUCAUUGCCUAACUUCAAUAACUCAUCAUCCAGACUCCUCAAACACCUUAGUAUUGUAAACCCUUUAGUCCUUUAACCCUUUGAAGUCCUCAGUGUCCUGAUCCCUAACUUAACCCUUAACCCUGUUUUGGAACCAGAGCCAUGGAUAGACAGAAGGUUUGGUCAGGGUAUCCGAGAGGACUUUGCAGCAGCUCUUUAGAAAUUUUUUGGGCUCUCCAGAUGACUCAGAUAGUGAACUUCCACAAGCACAAAAUGUCAUAUGUUAAGGUUAAUGAGAGUGAUGGCUUAAAAAAAGCAUCCAGUAUUCAGUCAUCUGCAUGACAGUGGAAUUGAUUUGGAGCUGGUAAACUGAGAUCUGGGCAAAAUUCAUAACUUUUAUAGAAAACAUGGGAGAGGUUUUGUUCUUGGAGUGCUGCUAGGAUAAGUUAUUAGUCUUACUUCUGGUUUAAAAUAAUAUUUUACCAUAUUUUAAGCUUCAUAAGACUGAUUAGUAAGUCUUAUCAAAAAGUUCUCAUGGAUAGCUUGAUAACGAUCUCGGGUUCAGAGUUUCUGUGGUUUCUCGUCAGUGUGGCUUUGGUUUUUUUGCCCCUGUAGCCACACUGAAUAGUGAUGUCAGUGUAUUUUGAUGCACGUCAGUCUAUCCACACCGACCCAGCUGCUGAAUAACUUUAACAACAGGGUCUCCCACAGAGUCAGAGUGUAUUUGUGGUGUUAGUAAGGGUCAUGCGCACGUGUCAACGUAUGUACGUGCACAUGAAAAUAGGUGUACCCAUGCUUUCUUAAAAAAUAAAAAAAACGAUAAAGAAUACAAACUUUUUCAUAGUCAAUAGCAAUAAUUAGCUGCAUCUACAGGUCAUCCUUGUUCUGCUCUGCAGUGAGCUCAGCGUAGGAGCAGUAGAAACAGUUCUCCACCUUCUGCAGGUUCUGAUUAUUUAUUAAAAAUUAUUUAAUUAGGAAAUGAUGGGAGAGUAUCUGAGUGUACUGGGACUAGAUGGGUAACAUAAACCUAUCCCAACAAGUGAAGACUUGUAAACUCCACAUGUGAGCUUCCUGCAUGGAGUCAACCCUCUUGAUGUGAGAAAACAGUGCUGCCAAGCAUACGGCUGACCUCUGGGUCAAAGCUGAUUUUCAGAGCAGAACAAGAAUUACUGUCAACAGCUGACUUGGAGUACGCACGACUGUGGGACGAGAUCUUUUUGGUGGAUGUAGUUGAGUUAUGGAACGUAUGAACGUACAUGGAACAUAUCUUGGGACCUGGAUUUGGCGAGUAAGCCGGUUGAUAGAGGAAGAAAGGCUUAGAGGGUCAGCGUUAGGAGUGACUUACCUUUCAUCCAAAGAGUGAGGCAGUUGUCCACGGAUAAAAAUUAAAAAAUGGUUGCAAAUUAUAACCGGGCAGGCCACCCAACUAAAGUCCCUUUGUGAAACCACUGAACAAGUUCUCCAAAACUCUACCUCAAAAUUAUUAAACUUGCCUACUUUAUUGCUCUAUUACUGCCACCCUGUUAAACUGGCAUAUUCUGUUUAUUUCUGACAGUGUUGCACUCUAGAAGUGGUUCUCCACACCCGACGCCAAGUUGCAAGACUCUAAAGAUCAAACACUGUUUUUCUAUGGCUCUGCCCACUCUUUUAAUCCCUUACCCGUCUUACAGCAGUGAUGUAAUGGUGACCAAGUUUAACCCCUGAGAUCUCUUGAAAAAUAUGAGAAAACAAACAAAAAAAAACGCACAAUGUAUAGAUGUUGUACUAUAACUGUAUUGGACCAUCUGUAUGAUAUCUUCUAUCUGAUCUGUCUAUUGGACCAUUGUGUUGAUGCUACUGUACUAUAGACUACACGCACUACAAUAUCACUCAAACAAGAGACGUCCGGGUUGGUUGUGGCACUCGCAGACGCUUCAGUGCCUCUAGUUGUUGUCACCUGAUAGUAACUGUCUAAAAAUCAUAGUGUAUAGUUGAACCCUUUUCAUCUUAGCACAACAUGAAAAAAAAGGGCAACCCGAGCGGCCUGAGCUGUCCCCAGCUGAUUGUAGACCACUCAGAAAUCGGCCACCUCAGUGCCAGAACCAACCCACGUCACGCCGGACGGCUGCCGGCCCAGCUCUCGCCCAGAACUCUAUAUCUGAAAGUUGAGCCACUGAAUUUACUGGAAGCCUUGAGUAGUAUUGAUAACAUCUACAAGCUCUGUAAACUUUUAUUUUUAAAAAUGAGCUUUUGAUUCCCAUCACACUCCACUGUGGUCUCUGUCACGUCUUAAUCUGCACCAGAAACCUGAAUUAGUCUAUGCAUGUGCAUAUGCAUUCCUAUUACCUUUAUGUUUAAAAGUAGUUGUUAGCUGUGUUAUGUAGAAAUCGUUCUGUUUGUUUUGGGUGCAGACUGGCAGUAAAAGUAUUUCAACCAAAUGCUGUGAGUUGAAUCUUGAAACGAAGAUUAGUUUUGCACUAAACUAAUACAGUUAAGUCAUUGUUAGUACAGCUUAAUCUGUUCAAACAGUUUCAGUUAAAUCAUUAUCUUACAAAUAUCACAAUAUAAACUAUUUUCCAGAGCUAAAAGUGAUUAACAAUAAAUGCGUCCCAAACCUGCCUCUCUAAUUUUUAGUUGCACAAAAAGACGAUAAUGGGAUAUAAAGUCAAGUGUCAGGGUUUCGAAAUCACAGUAUCAGCGUUUGAAUUACAUUAAUAUCUGUUAUAAAUGAAAAUAUAUUUUAAAUGGUAAAUCAGGUCAUCCUUUGUGUGUCUUUCAGCACAUGGAUUCUGAUGGAACUUUUACACUUCAUCACUUUACCCUCAUUUUUAUGGUAAAUCUGUUUUCGUGGAUUCACUUUGCUUUGUUAGUAAUUCACUUCUUGUUGUUUUUUUGGGACCAGUUACAAUUUCCCAGCAAUCAAGAGAAGUAAAAUAGUUCCAGGCCAAUUUAAAGUCCUCAGUUAUGCUAGAAAACCAGUGGUGGUAAUAUAACCUGUAGCUUUUCCACAGUGGAACGUGAUGGGAAGGGUGAGAGGAGAGCAAAUGGCAACAGUGGUCAUGAGCUGGUUUCAAACCAAUGAUGUCGCAAGAACUUGGGAUGUGCCUUAGCCCACUGCGCUACAAGGGCACCACAAGAAAGGAGAUUUUAGUUUUAAAUUACCUCCAGAAUCUUUUUUCUCCUCAAUUUUGGAAAGUGCAAACCAAAUAUUCAGAGGCUUAAAAAAACGAGAAAAAAACCAGCCAGAAGCCAUCAGUGAUCCACCUGAGCUGGAUGUAAGGUUCUGGGCAAGUCAGUGUAUUUCUGUACUGCUGUUGUUUCUCUAUGGACUGUACUGUGAUACUGCCUUAGGAAUCUAACAUCAUAAUACCACAAUACUACUCACAGAGAGGAGGAGGGGAGGGAAGGAAACAUGAGAAGUCUUAAAUGUAGGUAAAUGUUCGUGUGUUUAUCUUGUUUUUAGGAGUGCAAUUACUGGACUUAUUGUCUGGUUUACAAAAUUGCAGAAAAUUGACUCUAAAUCGCUUUUAAUUCCAACUAAAACAAUGAAACCCCAAAAAUAUAAAAUUCAGUAAAUAUUUGUAAAACAGUAUUUUUUGCUUUUUUCUGGGUGAAUGACUAAUUUGAAAUUGCAGUGUGGGUCAGGUUUAUUAAUAAUGAUCCAAAACUAGACAGAAGUUAGAAAAAAAUAACUGAAUGAAAGUCACUUUAUGAUGUCAUGGAGCUCCGUGUGUGCGCACUGCUGAGAAAAUGAAUGCAGAGACUUUGUGAGCUUUGCAGUUUGCGUUAUAGAGCAGUCAGUGAUUUACCUGCCUGCAAACCUCAGCACAAAACAGUUUUGUUCACAACUUCUAGAUUUCCACCUGCACCAUCGUAACAUCUUCUCCUCCAAAAAGUGGAACAUUCCUUGUGAGAUUUGUAAAAGCCUCACAAGGAAUAGGUACAAAAUAUAGCAUACAAACAGUUAAUUAACUGUUUGCAGUUAAUUAAAAAUGGAUUUCAUUUAACUCAGAUUGUUAAUAAAUCUGUCCCUAAUUGA